UAAUAAUAAUAAUAACAACAACAACAAACAGAUACACAAACAACCCCCACGGCCAAAAAAAAACCCAAACGAAAACCCUCCACCACCACCACCAUCAUCAUCAACAGCAGCAGCAGCAGCAGUAAUUCAACCCGACUUCUCGACUCUCCUCUCCGAGCAACAAACAAAAGCGAAAAGCUAAAGCAAUUUGAAACCCGCUCCAAACUGAGCUGGUAAUACGUCUCGAUACGUCAAUAUGGCAUUGGACUUUGUGGCCACCUACAAGGUGCUCGUUCUAGGCGACUCCAAUGUGGGCAAGACUUGCAUCGUGCACAGAUACUGCGAUGAGAAAUACUACGACACAUACAUCUCCACCAUAGGCAUCGACUUUAAACAGAAACUCAUCAAUCUCGAUGGUGUGCCCAUAAAACUGCAGAUCUGGGACACAGCUGGACAGGAACGCUUUCGGACAUUAACCACAGCCUAUUAUCGCGGCGCCAUGGGCAUUCUGCUCAUGUACGACGUGACCAAUCUGGAGAGCUACAACAAUUUGUCCUACUGGUUGCGCAACAUCCAGGAGAAUGCCUCGCCAGACGUUGUCAAAGUGCUGGCGGGCAACAAAUGCGAAUGCUCAACGACACAACGCAUGGUCGACAAGGAGAGAGGUGAAAAGAUUGCCGAGAACUUUGAUAUGCCAUUCUUCGAAGUCUCAUGCAAGUCAAACAUCAACAUUGAGGACGCCUUUCUGUCCCUGGCCCGCAAAAUACGCGAGCAGCGUGAGAGACGAGGCGACAACUUUGACAACGAUGAGAAGCAGGACAAGAAGUCACCCGGCUCCAAUGGCCUGGGCACCUUCAGCUUGGGCAGCCUCUCUGGGGAUAAUCGCUGCACCUGUUAGUUUGGCCAGACUCAACGAUCGAUUACAAUUAUAGACCGCGAAAUGCAUGAAAAGUCAAUGUGAAAAGAGAGAAAGAGAAACAGGAAAAGGAGGAGGGAGAGAGAAAUGUAUCUAGAUACAGAUUGUGCAUUUUUAAGAUAGUCCAAGUAUAGCAUAAAUAUUUUAGCAUACUCUCGUGCAGAUAUAAAUACACGAUAGUCGCCUCUCUGAUUUCCAUAUUGUAACAACUCGAUAAGCUAAGAACAAAUACACACACAUACACUCACACACACACACAUACAACACACUCACUCGUAUAUAUAUAAUGUAUUAAUUAUAAUAACUAUACUAUAAAUAUGUAUUGUACAUUAUGGUUUAGCUAUCUGAAUGUAAGCCGCCUGUAACA